UAGAGCACAAUUUCUGGAAAUAUGUGGGAGAAUUCGAGGUUGGGAAUUAUGAAGUCAGAGACGAAUUUGAAGACACGGAAAUUGUUGUGUGCAAAGAUAAUCUUGAUGCAACCUUGUGAUUCGGGGGGAGUAUUAGUUCAUUUAAUUGCCACAUAAACCUUAGGACAACGUGGCAUAAUCACAUUUGUUGACACGUGUUAUGAUUUUGAUUUGAUUGAAAAAAUAGAUAUUUAAAGAGAAGAGAAGACAUGCAUUCAUUCAUUCUGGUGCAGUGAGACUUGAAGUGUACGUUUUCUUUGUGCUAAGAAACAAUGUUUAUGAGACCUGAUAUUAAUGGAUCUUCUUCAUCUUCUCAGAGGAAGAAAGAUUACAAGAAUACUGGUGUUGAGGCGGAAGAUGGUCGGAGAAGGAGACUGGAAGACCUCUUCGAGAUAAGGAAGAAUAAGCGCCAAGAUAAUCUCUUCAAGAAGCGAAAGGGUGACACUUCUUCUCCUACCACUGCCCCUCUCUGCCUCAUCAACACUGACCAGGAUAUUCUAAUAUUCAUGAUUCAACGCAUUCCUACAUUGACACAAUCAUUAAUGUCUAACAAUCCUGCUUCACAACUGGAAGCAACUACUGAGAUUUGUAAGCUACUAUCGAAGGGUCACAUUGCUCUAAUUGAUGAGGUGAUCCGGGCAGGUGUUGUCCCUCAGCUUGUGAGGUUUUUGGCAAUGGAUGAUAUACCACAACUGCAGUACAUGGCAGCAUGGACUCUGACCAACAUUUCCUCGGGAACGUCUGAGCAUACAAGAAUUGUGAUUGAACAUGAUGCUGUUCCCCGGCUUGUGCACCUUCUGUGUCAUAGUAGUGUUGACGACUGCAAAGAACAGGCGAUAUGGGCAUUAGGUAAUAUUGCUGGUGAUUCCCUGAGCACAAGGGAUCAUGUUCUUAGCCAUGGUGCACUCUUGCCAAUAUUGGGUCUGUUGUGGAAUCCAUCUUUAGUAAAAGUAUCUAUCUUGAAGAUCGCUUCAUGGAGUUUAUCAAACUUGUGCCGUGGAGACCUUCCUUCAACAAUUUUUGAACAGAUAACACGUACAUUGCCUUUCCUUGGAAAACUCAUGUUGAUGUCUGAUGAAGAAGUUGUAGCAAAUGCAUGUCUGACUGUCUCUUAUCUUACUCAUGAGGGCUCAAGUGAAUUGAUCCAAGCUGUCAUUCAAGCAAAUGUUUGCCCACGACUUGUACAGUUACUACAAUUUUCAGAAAAAAAAGUUAUUGUACCUGCUCUGUGGACUCUAGGAGAUAUUACUUUUGGUGUUGAGGCUGCUCACACUCAGGUUCUAAUUGACCAAGGAGUUCUCCCUUGUCUUAAACUACUUCUUUCAAAAAGUGAUAAAACCGUCCUCAAAUAUGCUUGUUGGGUAAUCUCAAAUAUCACAGCCGGGACUAGAGCUCAAAUGCAGGCUGUCAUUGAUGAUGAUCUUAUUAGUCCUCUUGUUUGUCUUACAAAGGCUGAAUUUGACAUUAAGAUGGAGGCUGCAUGGGCUAUUGUCAAUGCCACUUUUGGAACUCAUGAGCAGAUUCAGUUCUUGGCGAGUAAAGGGUGCAUCGAGGCGCUUUGUGAUCUCUUGACUUGUUCAGACCCAAGUGUUUUGUCAAUUUGUCUGGUUGGGUUGCAUAACAUUUUACACUCUGGAAAAAAGAACAAGAAUCUUCCAGUUGGAGUCAAUAUUUAUGUCGAAAUGGUUGAAGAGUGUGGAGGAUUGGAAAAGAUUGUAGGUUUGCAAAGCUAUGAGAACAAUGACAUUUAUAAUAAGGCUGUGGCGGUUUUGGAGACAUAUUGGCAUGAGGAGCUUAUACCGCUAGAUGAUACGAAUCUUCACAAUACUGAGGGUGGUACUGGCCAAGGUUUAUCUUUUGGGUCCAACCUCCCCACAUCUGAUUUCAAUUUUUCUGAAAAAAAUUAAUACAUAUCUAAUUACUUUUGUUGAUAAACUAGGUUUCCUUGUUAUUUCCUCUCUCGAGUGAACUUUUUUUAUCUUUGUUUACUCAGCUGAAGGUCGUGAUUUUUUUAAUCUGACUCAUAUUGUAUAUUUUUCUUACAUAUACUACUAACAUUACAAUAAGAGAGAAGAAAAAUUAUAGUUGGAUAUUUUAUUUUUGGCCCAUGCAUGUGUAAUUCACACUGCUUUUGCUGUUUAGUUAACUUAUAUUUCAUGGAGUAAUGCUCACUGGUGUGAACAAUCCAUCAUAGCCUCAUGAAGACGCUUACAGUUAUAAUUAUUUAGGAUCAUCAUGUCAAAAUGAUACAUUUGGAUCCAUUAUGUGGAGAUGUAGCAUGAAUGGUGUCAAGUGUGAUGACACAAUGAAAAAUCAUGUGUAUAUUUUUUAAGAA